UUCGCGAUACGCGUGUGCCGCGCGCGCUUACGGCUUCGCUCUCGCUUCUCGAGCCAACUGUCAAUUUCACCGUCAGACCAAUUGUACGUGGGACCGAGAGAUAUUAGUGACGGUUAUUAUACGGGAUAUCAGCCGCGUUCGUCAAUUAAAUAGAACACAUUAAAAUGUGAACUCAAAAAGUAGACAAGUAUAUGUGAUACACGUUGCAAUGUGAUCGAUUCAAGGAGACUCGUGUUCUGAGACACAUGGAUCUAUAUGGAAAACUAAUGAGAGAGAAAUGCUUGGGUGAUAACAGAUUUCAGUCUUUUAAAAAUGUUGUCAUAAUGUUGAUGCUGAUUUAUAAAGCUAAUCAAGCAUAUGAUGGACAUUUACUUUGUUGCACAAAUAAUCAAGAGGAAGAAUUAUGCUUCAUUUAGAUAUCAUAUGUACACAGAUUUAUUAUCAGAAUCUACGAUCUAUCGAGAAAAGUGAUUUUAAAUCAAAGAAUGUGAUUCCUUCAAUUAUAAUUAUUGGAGUUUAUAUCAUGACUAUUUAUUAACUAAACAUCUAUGACACAGAUUUCAAUUUCUCGAGUGAUUUCUAUUUUAUCUUGAAGUUUCUAUAAAUGUUGAGAUUGACUAUUAGUUUAUUAAAGACUAAUUAUAGACAUUGUAACAAAUAAAGUGUGCAUAAUAGUACGAGGAAUUUAGACGAAGAAUUAACGUAAAUAACGUUGUGCUUAUUUGAAAUAUUUACAGUCUCAUAUAAUUGCAAUCAAACGUGCAAAGUGAUUCCGUUGUGUCUGUGAAAAUCUUUGUUAAAGCUGUCAAAUGUUAAACAAGGCUAGAGAUUGAAAUCUCUUGGAUCUCCUGUCAUAACAUCACGUGUCGAAAUGUCAUCAGCUGAUCCUUUCGUUGCUUCGAAAAUAAUUGCAUGGGGAGCAAUUUUCUUGUAAAUAUCACUCGUAAACAAAGUAAGAAGUGACCAGAAGAGCGCAUACAAACCAUGAAAGAGUUCAUCGAUUUUUCCAGGUACAAAAUGUACGUGCGUGAGUGUGUUUUUACGAGCCCGACAGAGACUGUUUUUGCGUGACGCGCGAAUUGUCAAUCUGCGAUGAUACGUGCUCCUGAUAACGAUCGACGUGAUAACAUGCCAGCCGACGGGAUCGAUAGUAAACUAUUUGAUGAUCCGAUAUCGAGAAGCAUUCUUGAACGGUGACGCUUAUUCUUGACCGGAAUCGUGAUAGCACCGUCAAUCAUUGAUGCGAGGAUCGAAUUUAUUGGAGUGUAAACAAAAGAAAAGAAACAAUUUGCGACGUGAUAACGCAAAUAUUAAUGAUGCGAUUGCCAGAUACUCGAAAAUAAUCGAUCUCGGGAAUUAAUCACGAAAAAGAGACCAGUGAUAACGUUGACAUAUAAGAUAUGUAAUCGUUGUACUUGUUACCCGGAAAAAAAAUUCGUUUAUCGGUUAAAAACUCAAGUUAUCAUCGAAUUCCAGAGAUAUUGCGACGAACUAAUGAUUAUAUUAUCUAAGCUAACAAUAAGUGCACAUCCGUGACAUAUGUUGUGACGCUUCAGAUGGAGAACAGCUUCCUCGUAAAGUUGAGUUUGCAUGAUUGUGACAAGAUUGAACGUAGAUAUUUUUCACAGAAAAUUAUCGGCAAAAAUCAAGAUUGCCAUUAAUCUCUCGCGAGAUCCGCUGUAAUGUCUUAUAAACAAAAAAUAAAGUUGCAGAUGUUAUAUGACGUAGUGAAGUACUUGGAAUUUUUAUCCAACUGUAAAUUAGAUUAUGAGUAUCAGAUAUAUCACGCUGAGUAUUAUAUAUUAAGUGUCAUCGGACUCGAGCGUUAACAAGGUUGCGGGAACGGAGGUGCAAAGAAAUCAGCGCGGCUUGUUAAUAAGCGGAUAACAUUCAAUUGUGUAUGUCGUUAAUAAGGUCGCGCGAACGAAGAUGCGGGAGACAACGCCGACGGCGAAGAUGGCACGAUUCCGGUGUCUACGGUGAGAGGACGUGAGGUCUCCGAGUCUUUGCUGAAUUGUGCGACUGAAUCGACGAUGGAUCUCAGCACAACGCCCAGAAGAGCCACGGACGGCGUUGGUGACAUACAAAAGACCAGAGUGGCGAAAAGUGUCUUCAGCAUCCGCAGCCUCGUCGAUGUCGAGGAAGCGGAGCUACCCGCGCAGGAUGAGUGUUCGCCAAAUCAUUCAUUGCGAGGAGGCAGCGAGCAGGCCGUCCCGCAGACGAGUCCUGCGAGCAGCACGAGCAGCUCAAGCCAGGUUACUCAGGUGAGCCAGCAACCUCACCAGCAGCCUCAUCAGCAAUCGGCGCCGACGUCAACGACGACGACGACGCCCCAAUCUACCCAAAUGGGCAUCUCCACGGAGGAGGUGAGGCCCGAGGAAGAAGGCGCUCAUCCGCGAGCGGCCCCGACUAGCCCCGAAAGCGAGACGGAGGCCGACGAUUUUGCGCCCAAGAGAAAGCAGCGCCGUUACAGAACGACCUUUACCAGCUUUCAAUUGGAAGAGCUCGAAAAGGCCUUCUCCAGGACGCAUUACCCGGAUGUAUUUACGAGGGAGGAGCUUGCUAUGAAGAUCGGCCUGACGGAAGCACGGAUACAGGUCUGGUUCCAGAACCGACGGGCCAAGUGGCGUAAACAGGAGAAGGUCGGGCCCCAGGCGCAUCCCUAUACGCCGUAUCCACCACCGUCGGCGGUCGUGGCGCCGACCUUGCCGAACUCCUUCGCCCACCUGGUCACCUUUCCACACAGGAAGCCCUUCGACGCCUUUCGCUACCCGCCGCUGGGUCACGGCCCGGUCCUCCCCGGUAGUUACGCCGCUCAUCCCUUUCAUCGGGCUCCGCCGCCGUUGCUACCGCCCGGUAUGCCCCUGCCGUACACGUCCGCGGCAUCGUUUCAAACUCUGCUGGCGAAUAUAUCGGCGCAGCGGCCGAAACUGAUGUGUGGCUCGCCACCCCCGCCGCCGCUGUCCGCCCCCGCGAUUGUCCUGCCGCAUCCCCCGGUGGCGCCGCUGCCCCCGCCGACGGCCACCUCGCCGCAAAGUUCGCCCACGGGCAGCGUGGGUCUGCAGGAUAUCGACAGGAGGACUAACAGCAUCGUCUCCCUCAGACAGAGGGCUCGCGAGUACGAGCAACAGCUGGAGAGAUCGCUUAAGAACGGCGAUCUUAUAAGUUGAAACGUUGCGAACUGAAUAGGGAGUCAGUGAACGCGAGUCCGUCUUAAGGUGAUUUUGGACGGUCGCGAAUCGGCGACAGGUUUUAUACAAAGAAUGUCGGUAGAUUGAGUCGAUAUACUAAUGGGAUUUUCUUGGUGACAUUCAAAUCAGAAUUUGUUGAUCCGGAUGAAAUAUCAAAACACAUGUUUCUAACCGAAUGUUAUAUACAAAUAAAUCAACGGCAAAUGCGAUAUUUAAUUAUUGUAUAUACAAUUUUUUAAAUCACAUAUUCUCUAUUAUGUAUAAUGUCACGUUGAUUAGAUCCUGCUUCGAAUAUUUAUCCGAUCAAUCUGUUAUCGAUUGUCGCGAUGAGCUUAACAUAUACGAUCAUGAUUUCGUGACAAAUAAAGACUAUAAUCAUAUUGAUAAGCAACGAACUGUAUAUAGCAAAUAUGUUAAGCACGUUUGUUGAUCGAAGCAAUUUUUUUAUCAUCGAAGAAAUUAUAUGGAUCGUGAAAAGCAUGUGAUAAUUUUCAUUAUUCCAUCAGAGAAAUCUAUUGUCGAAACUAUA